UUUCUGUCAGUCAUUUUGUCAUUCGUCGCCUGAUUUUUUGCUGCUUCCAACAAUUUCUGAAAAUCACUGAAAACAGAGGAAAAAAGCGUAAAAUCCUAAUACUUUAAUGAUUGGCAAUAAUUAAAUUGCAAAUUAUAAGAAUCCAGUGUCUCGUGAAUACGCCGUAAAGUAUCAUCAUAUUUACACGAUGGCAUCCCCUCUGGAACAAUUUGUAAAUAAUGUGAGAACGAUGUCGGCUUCAGGGAGCUUCCGGGAAUUGUGUGAAGUCAUAGGGAACUCUGAUGAAGUUCUACAGCGUAAUAGUGCUCAUCUCAAUACUGUUUUGGAGACCCUUGACAUUCAACAACAUUCACUGGGAGUAUUGGCAGUAUUGGUCGCAAAAUUCUCUCUACCACAGGGUUCCAGUGACAUUGACAGAUCUACUAUGUUUCAACAAAUACAUGAUUUUAUAAAUAAUUGUAAUGGUGAACAAGUUCGCUUUUCUCCAGACUUGUAUGCUGAUCUUUGCCACCUCCUCACUGAUCAUCUAGUAGAGUUGAAACAACCUAUCCGAGGAAUUGAAAUACUAAAAAAGGCCAUCAGGAAAAUACAGUUGUUUGAUUCUCAGCUGACUUCGAUCCAUGCUGAUUUGUGUCAGCUCUGCUUGCUCUCUAAAUGUAUGAAACCAGCACUUGAGUUUUUAGAUACUGAUGUUACUGGGAUAAGUUCUGAGCUUGGGGGUAAUAACGAUUCAAAACAUUUUCUACUAUAUUACUAUUAUGGAGGGAUGAUCUACACAGCUAUGAAAAACUAUGAUAGGGCUUUGUAUUUCUUUGAAGUGGUGGUAACAGUCCCUGCUAUGGUUGUCUCCCACAUAAUGUUGGAAGCUUACAAAAAAUACAUAUUGGUCUCAUUUAUUUCACAUGGAAAGAUUUUUCCUAUGCCUAAAUAUGUACCACAAGUUGUAUGCCGUUUUCUAAAACCAUUGUCAGUGGCAUACCAUGAGUUGGCUACAUCUCAUCAUGCAGUGAUAAAACAUCGAGAAACAUUUGUUAGAGACAAAAAUAUGGGAUUAGUAAACCAAGUUCUAAGUUCAAUGUAUAAGAAAAAUAUUCAGAGACUUACAAAGACGUUUUUAACUCUGUCUUUGAGUGAUGUAGCUGCAAGAGUACAACUGUCAGGUCCUGCACAAGCUGAGACAUACAUACUCAACAUGAUUGAAGAAGGUGAAAUUUACGCAAUGAUCAAUCAAAAAGAUGGCAUGGUUGUAUUUCUUGAUAGCCCUGAAAAAUAUGCUUCUCCUGAAACCUUAUGUGUUUUGGAGCAACAAAUGGCAGCAUGUACGAAACUGCACCAGUAUAUCCAGGAAAUGGAUGAACAAAUACAAGUUAAUCCUCAGUAUGUAAAGAAAUCUGUGGGCAGCCACGAUGAAGAUAUGCCAGCUACUAGUCAAAACUCAAAAACCACUUAUACUAUGUAAAUAAGCAAUUUUGUUAGCAACCACAGUACUUCAUGAUAGUGAAAAAA